AUGCCUUCUUCUACCACCACUAAAAAUGCGCCUUCCGCCACACAAUCGAAGCGACCGUUCAAGAAAGCCAGGAUAGAGGAAAAGGUGUCUAAGGUUCCUUCCAAAAAGUCCAAAUCUACCUCAAAAGCAGUUGUGUCUGCUCCUGCCAAUGGCAAAGGCAAGGGAAAAGCUCGCGCACCUACACCCCCAGCCUCUCUAUCUUCGACUAUCCUCCAAAAUAAAGUCGACGACUCGAAACCGUCACCAUUACCCCAGACGUUCAAAAUCGUUGCUGGAACAUACGAGAAACUACUCUAUGGCUUGGAAGGCACCAUCUCUACACCUUCAUCGUCCUCCCAAGAGCUUACCUUCAACCUAAAACCGAUCUUCAUCUUCCCUGCUCACGUCUCGUGCGUCAAGGCGGUCGCUGCAUCUCCGGAGGGAGGAAAAUGGCUGGCGACUGGAAGUGCGGAUGAGAUCAUCAAAGUUUGGGACUUGCGAAGGAAAAGAGAAAUUGGUGGACUGAUGCACCAUACUGGCUCAAUAACACAUCUUUCUUUUCCUUCUCGCUCGCAUCUUCUGUCUGCAUCCGAAGAUGGCACACUUUGUAUCUUCCGCGCGAGGGAUUGGGCAGUCCUUCGUUCGCUGAAGGGCCACAAGGGACCCAUCAAUUCUAUCGCUGUACAUCCUUCAGGAAAAGUUGGACUCAGUGUCGGAAAGGAUAGAACCCUGAGGAUGUGGGAUCUCAUGAGGGGUCGUGCGGGUGGAAGUACGAGACUUGGGUUUGAGGGAGAGCUCGUGCGCUGGUCCGUCAAUGGUAGCCUACUUGUUGUUCAACACCAGAAAAUCAUCGAUGUCUAUUCAACUGACCUCACACACCUACACACCGUCGAUCACCCUGCACGUAUACACGAUAUCAAAUUUGUUCUACGGCCUUCCGGAGAUGGCGAGGCCCUUCUCGUCGCUGCUGAGGACAAGAAAACUGUGGCCUACGAAAUCAAUGCAGAUGUCACAAUUGCACCAAAAUAUAUAGCUACCUUCGUAGGACACACAAAUCGUGUCAAAGCACUCGAUACCCUCCGUAUCGCACUUCCUAUUUCGUCCCGGCCUUCGACUACCAUUCUCACGACCGUCUCCUCCGCCGGAACUGUCCACCUUUAUGACCUGUUCUCUCUCCCUACACCUUCGUCAUCCUCCCAGGCUGUUGCAUACAAGGAUCUACCACAGAUAGAGCCGGUGGCUAUCUACGAUACGAAGGGCAGUCGGUUGACCUGUGUGACCCUUGGUGAUGGAAGCGUAGAUGUGGGAGAGGAGGGCGGCGACAAGGCGACCGGGGACAAGAGGAGGAGAGAAGUGGAUCAAGAGAGUGAAGGUGAAGAGGAGGACGAGGAAUGGCCGUCGGACCAGGAAGAGGAGGAGGACGAAGAGGACGAAGAAGAAGAAGAUGAGGAGGAGGAGGAGGAGGGCGAGGAGGAGUGAGAAGAGUGAGAGGCUAUGUGUCAUUUAUUGCGUCAUAGUACGCCUUCGCUGUCUAGUCCUACGCAUGAUGGCCUGUAGUUGAGGACAUCGUCCUGGCGUCAUUGGUCCCUCAACAUGAACGAGGACAGUCAAUUUAUCUCACUU